AGCAUACUACCGGUGAGUGUAACAGAGAUGCGAGAUGAAUUUUUAUCUUUCAGUGGAAGAUACAUGCAUUCCACCACAUCCAACUACCAUAAUGAUAGCAACACCAAUGAGAAAAAUGCGGAUGAGUAAGAGGAGAGAUGUCUAUGAACUCCAUUAUUAGAUUGUAUUUUUUGUUGUGAAAUUUGUUAAGUCUUAAUGUCGAUUUGGUUUAAAGCAACUAUGAUUGUGGAUUGAUAUUAAGCCAUUGUGAUUUUCUAUUUUAGGUAUUUGUGAACUACUGUGUGGUGUGUUUUAUUGUAUUUUGUGUUAGUGAUUAAGUUGUUAAAAAGUUAUGGUUUCUUGCUAUUAUAAUUGUGGAUUGAAUUUUUUGAUUUCUAUCGUAAUUUAUUAGACCAAACAAAGUACACACAUCGACAGACAUAAGCACAAAAUUCAAAGGUCGCAUGCUUAUUUUACUGUAAGCGGUCGACCUUUUAGUGUAAGCGGUCGACUUCAAAAUCAACAUUUUCCUCUACGCUUCACUUCAAGAGGGAUGGAUUUAUGUGUUGUCAACUCUUCUUCUAUAUGGUCAACCUCUUGUUGGAAAUGAUCGACCUCAUUUCAUAUAUGGUAAUGACUACCCUGAAGUGGUUGGCCUCUAUUUUUUACGGUCCGCUAAGUUUGCCCCUAGCAUAAUCGAAAAGAAUAUAAACCUUGUUAUGGGGCUGGAUCUGUAAGGGAUCGAAGUUCAAGCUAGGGAUACUAUUACUAUAUGGAAUCUCGCAACUAUUAGGACAAGGACAUUUAGGAAGUCUGAAUUGCACGAAAGGGCAAGGCCAUUAACAAGGGCAAGAAAGGCGUAAGAGGUCCUAAUUUACUAAACAACGGAUAUCCGUAUGUUUUAGAAGGGCGCCGGGAGCAAUACUCCACCACGUACCAAAUCCCAAAAAGCAGGCAAAAGAUUAAUACAAAGCAAAGCGUAUAUCUUUCACAUAGGAGUAGGUAGCAGUCGGCCUGCGAUUGUCCAUAUAAGGAGCUCGACGGAAAAUUUCAUUUUUAGGUCUAAUAUCAUAGGCCUAACUCUUAAAAGGAGCUCCCUCCCUGUUGUUCUAAAAUUGACAGUUUCCUUUUGUUUUUUAGACUGCUAGCCAAAGCCCGGUUUUUUAGGUCUAAUAUCAUAGGCCUAACUCUUAAAAGGAGCUCCCUCCAUGUUAUUCUAAAAUUGACAGUUUCCUUUUAUUUUUUAGACUGCUAGCCAAAGCCCGGGGUCAACCAUUUUGUAUAUGACUAACUUGAAAUGUCCACAUCUUUCCUAUUGUGGUCGACCAUUUAUUUUAUGACUGCCUCAAAUCGGUCAAUCAAUUUUUUGUUGUGGUCAACCAUUUUAGUAAUGACUACCUUAAAAUGGUCGCCAAUUGUAUGUUAAUGGUCGGCCAUAAAUUCUAUCAAAAUGACCACGAUGGUGUAAUCGGUCGACUGGAUGAGCACAUAGGUUGACCGAAUUGUACAAGUCAUUGUGCCUUGCAUAUCACCAUAGGUGUACCCUAAAAGUUAAAAUGAUAAAUAUGACAUGAAAAGCGUGGAUCUGACCAAAUCUUACUUGACAAAUGAUUGUCUAGCAGCCUAUAUGGGCUAAGUUAAGAGAACCACAGUCCAAAUUGAAAUAACUCUUAGGAUCAACAGGUGAGACCAUCAUUAUAUUUAGUUUGUUUGAUCUGUUCCACAUAUCAAUUCGACCCAUUUUUCUACAGUAUUUAUAAAAUUCAUUUUACCAAACACUAAAUUAUAUUAUAUUCGAUUCGAUGUGUUCUGAUUGGUCUUAUGUGAUCCGAACCUAACUAUUACACACCCUAGACAAAUGAUAGUCUAGCAGCCUAAAUGGGUCAAGGUAGGGCUGAAAAUUGGCCUGACCCGCCCCUGACCCUGUCCUGAAGGGUCAAGACGUAUAACUAACCCGCCCCGACCCUAUUUCUUUCAUGGCCCUGUCUGAUCCUUUAGGGGCGGGCGGGUCAGGAAGGGUCGGGUCAGUGGGUCGACCCUAAUAAAUACACUACUUUUCUAAAAAUUACAAUUUGGUACCCCAAUUUAAUUUUUUUCUUACAUUUUAGUAGCUGAAUUUUUUUUUUCCAAAUAAGUCCCAAAAUUUUGAUGAUAAAUUACGUUUUGGUACCCAUUUUUUACUUUUACAAUUUAGUACCUACAAUUUUAAAAUUUUACAAAUAGGUCAAACGUGUUUGUAUGAUGAUAAGGGUCAUAGGGUCAAAAAGUGACCCGAUCCUAAACUGACCCUGUAGACAAACUGACCCAAUCCAACCCGACCCUGAGGGUCGGGGCAAGUCGGGGUGGGUCGGUGGGUUUUAAGUAGGGGUGGAAGUUUGGGUUGCGGUUUGUGGAUAAUCCGCAAACCGCACCAACCCGCACCUAUUGUGGGUAACCAUACCCACAAGUUGUGGGUAACCAUACCCACAAGUUGUGGGUAGUGGAUUGGGUGUGGAAAGUAAAAUAACGAUUUUUGUGGUUAGUGGUUAUCCACUACCCAACACGGUUAACCCACAAUAACCACACUAAUUAUAUUUAUUUAGUGAAUUUACUUUAUAAUAUAAUAGUAUGUGAAAAGUGCGAGAAUAAAAAUUAAAGUAGUUACCAAAUAAAAAAGACACACCUAAUCAGUUUUAUGUAAGAAUUUUUUAGUUUAUAAACCACUAUAAUCGAUAGAGUGGAGAAUAAUCAAUUCAUUAAAAGUGAACACCUUUUGUAACUUUUAUCAGUAUGUUUUUGCUUUUGUGUGAAAAAAAUACAAGAUCAUAUUUAAUUUUCAUAUUUCACCCCUAGUCGGGGAAAUAUGAAAUCACAGCUCUCUGACACAAAAGUUGAAUACCAAACUCAAAAAGAAAAAAUCUCCACGUUGAGUAAGAUCGAAGUACAAAAUUGUAUCUCCACGAACAAUACAAGUGUAUAUCACUAUAGUCUAGUUACGAACAACAAAUACGUUAGUGGCGACUAGAACUCACGGGUAGUGGUUACCCACUAACCACUGCGGUGCGGGUUGUGGGUAGCAUAAUUGUAAAUUUGAGUGCGAGGGUACCCGCAAAGUGUGCGGCGGGUAACCAUACCCGCCCUUAGUUUUAAGGGUCAAACUUACACCCCAAGGUGAUGAUAUCACUUCAGACCAAAUCUUGAGCACAAAACAAAAGAGCUGCCCAUUCAGUAGCUAAAACGGCUCUUUAUCGGCGGAUUGAUUAGCUAUCGACCACCGCAUUUAAUUAUUUUAUUUAUUACAUAUUUAUAAGCAUACUGCAUUAUACACCUAUUUAUGAUAUGGUGUCUAUCUCUGACAAAAAAAAGUUUGAAUCGAUCAUUAUUGUAGACUAGAUGCACGAAAGGUUAGUUCUGUAAUUCCAAUAUGUCAUGACACAAACCUAUUUGUCAAAACCAUUUAACAAUUAGUUACUAUUUUAUCAAAUCUUUUGAUCAGCCUGCCGUCUACAGAAGAAGUAGAAGUGGGAGGAUGGAAGUUAGAGAUGGCGUACAAAGUGGGAUUUUGAUUUUCCGGCGUUGGUCCAUACCCCUGGCUAGCUAGCUGUGUUCCUGCGUGGCCGUGGAGUGACUGUGCCAGCGCGGCAGUGGAGGAGAGCAUCGUGGCGGCCACGUGGCUUAUGGGGAGCAGAGGCGUGCAUCACUGGGAGGGAACAAACUCCUUACCUCUGUGCCUGUCUGGAAACAAUCCAACACAAACCACCCUAACAAACAAAACAAAACAAAAACAAAAAGGAUACGGCCCAUUCCGCCAGUCAAUUCCAACAAACUGCCUUUGGGUGUCAGCAGUUCGAAAUCAAACUCAACGGUUACAUGCAGUUCGAAACCAAAAUCAAAGUUUGUUACAAACUCACUCACUCACUCGGUCAGUCAGUCUCCUCGAUUUGCUUUGUCCCUCUCGAGAGUUUGUUGCGGCCGGCAGUUCCAGCUCCCACCUCAUGAGUUCAACAAACUUCUCCCCUUCACCGUAUAAUAUUGCGACUCCAUAAUUAUUAAAAUUGGGUAGGUGGGAUGAAAGGAUUCCUGCUGUAUUGACUAUACUACUAGACAUUUUAUGCAAUGCCGGAGACAUAAAAUUUUAUCUCGGGGUUUUGAAAAAAAAUUAGUUAAUAGAUAAAAAUAUUCGAAUAAUAAAAAAUAUUAUAAAGAAUCAACAAAUGAUCUAUAAUGUAAUGAAUUAACGUGUGCUUUCGUCAUUGUAGUAAUUAAAACAGGGUGUCCAGAGACACCCCUAAAGGGUCAUGGGUCCACCACUAUGUGCAUGUUUACCAAAUGGUUAUUAACCUGAAUAUUGACAGUUAAUUUCCAUAUAUGUGUAUUUUUGGAUGUACUCAACUCUAAAAGUAACCAUAGGAUAUUGAAUUUUAAAUUUUAACUCAUAACAUUAUUCUAGUAUGACGAUAUAACAUAGGAUCGCAACUCAUCAAUGCAUUAUCCUAAGUUCUAAACCUUCAAUUUUGAAUCUCAAAUGUAAACCCCAAAUUGUAAAUCCUAACCCUAGAUCAUUCAAAUUAAAGUAAAUCGUGAAUGAUUUUUGUACAAAUUCAUGUGUUUUCUUGACUAUCAUAUAGCAAGUAAUGAUUGACAUUGUUUUCACAUAAAUCGCCUACUCAUAAUGACGGUUAUAAGACGAUUGCAUUAAAUGCACCAAAAAGUGACCAAAGCCAUAAGCCCAUAACUAAAUAUAUAUAUAUAUAUAUAUACUAGGUGGCGAUUCCGCGCCUUGUCGUGGGGCGGAGAUGGUCUACUGGCAUGUAUUAUGUAACCCGUUAUAGUGUUUUGUUAGUAUUAUUAGUCUAAAAUUAAUUUUUUAUUAGCACUUUUGUUAGUAAUAUUGAUUGAAAAGAGAUAGAUGGCGGUCAAUUUCCAAUUUAAAAAAUCUUGAAAAUUUUGGUUAAUAAAUGAUAUUUGCCUAAACCCAAGUAGACCCAUUGAUUAUGGAUAGGGUAUAGGUGACGUAUAUAUGGGUUUUGAAGUUUGUAAAUGAGUUUGGGUAGUGUAUGGUUAUUUACUUUCAUAAUCUAAAUGUGUAUGAGUUAGGUAUUGAUACCCAUUUAUUCGAGGGUGUUUCAAUUACACAUACAAAAAUUAGUCCUAUUUGUAGAACUUCAAAAGUUUAGGUACUAAAAUGUAACACACCAAAUGUUUAGGUACUAAAAUUUAAUGUUCCAUCAAUAUUAUGAGGACUUAUAUGCCAAAAAAAUAAAUUUAAGGUAUAAAUCUAAAGAUCUAUUAAGUUUAGGUAUCCAAUUGUAAUUUGCAUCGUUUAGGCUUAACUCCUUUUAUGUAGGGUAGGGACUUUGAGCCCGACCCGGCGGGUCCGACCCGGCCCAGCCCACCUAGGGACGGAUAAAACCCGGCCCGUUUGAGAUGGGGCGGGUCUUGACCCGACCCGCUCACAGGCCAGUCCGGGCUUGGGUAUAACCCCUGCUCCGCCCCAUCCCCGACCCGCCCCACUCCUUAGCCCUUUCGUCUGUCGAUCUUCCCCUUCCCUUUCCCAUUAACAACCAAUCCAUAAUCCCAAUCCCCAGCAACCUCUGCAGGCAUCCGACUCUUCUCCUCCCCUCUUCCAUUUACUCCAUCAUUAACACUCCAUCCUCAACCCCAAGAAGAAUUCAUUCAGCCAGCGAGAUGUUUGGCUUCCCGAAGAAAAUUCAUCAUGAAUUCAGCCUAUCAAAUUUUGAUUUCCUUCUCCAUCUCCUAUUCAUAUGUCACCGUUUUGUUUCCUCCAUCCCCAUUCCAAUGUCAGUUUCCAUAGAUAAAUAGUAUCUCUUAUUGCUAUUCCCUGUAACUAAGCCAACUAGUUGAGGAUUGCUUUGUUAAAGCUUUCUUUGCUCGAGUCACUCAGAGCCAUAGGUGUUCAGUACUUCUGUUCAGUUGCUUGAAGCUGUUCGAAUCAUCUUCUCAAAUCUUGGUCAAGGGCAGGUAAUUGAUCAUGAUUCACAAGUUUACUUAUCUCUCUCAAACUCUCAUGAGGCUUUUAUAGCUUUUUCCAAAACAAUUACAGUAUCAUGCUAACAAUGGUAGUCGUAUUUUGUUGCAGUAAAAACUAUGGCAGCCCAAGGAAAUUCCAGUAGGAAUACUUCUUCCCCUGGUGGUUCUCCAUCAGCCGUUGUUGCCCCUAUUGCAUCUCAGAACCCACAAGUUUCUCCAACUCCAAAUAUUGUCGAAAUUGCACCAAAUGCGAAUGAGGUUGUACAAGUUCAAGUACAACCCAAUCCAAAUGAGACUUCACAAGGGGAGGAAUAUGCCAAAGGUGGAAACAACAAGACUUACUCUCAAUGAUGGGGAUAUUUUGAUAGAGUAACUGUUGGAGGCUUGAAAAAGGCCAAGUGCAAGUUGUGAAAGAAACUGUUCCUUGGAGAACCAAGGCAUGGGACUAGUCACCUCAAAAAGCAUGUCCAAAGAUGUCCCAAGAAAAAUUUCCCGGAUUUAAGGCAACAACUGCUUCAAGCCAACUUGAACAAGGACAAAGGGUUUCAACUCUCGCCUUUCAACUUCGAUCAGCGAAACUCUCGACAAGAACUUUCAAAGGCCAUUCUAAAGCAUGGGUACUCUCUUUCCAUCGUCCAUCAUGAAGGGUUCGAAAGCUUCUGCAAUAGUUUGAAUCCUUGCUUUAAGAUGGUCUGCAGAAAAACCAUAAAAAAGGAUUGCUUGAACAUUUUUUACCUUGAGAAGGCAGCUACGAAGAAGAUCAUUGAUAAGAAUGAAGGUCGGCUGGCAUUUACCACAGACAUGUGGACAUCUACUCACCAAAAGAAGGGAUUUAUGGCAAUCACAGCUCAUUUCAUCGACAACUAGUGGAAUCUACACAACCGGAUUAUCAGGUAUCUUGUAGAGUUGUAGUUUAAUUUUUGUUUGCUUGUUGUCUUAGUCUGUUUGCUUACUCUGUUUACUCUUUUCAAUUUUUGUAGAUUCAUUUAUGUGCUCGCCCCCCAUACUAGCGAAGCUCUUUGUGAAGCUUUGGUGAAGUGUCUGUUGGAUUGGAACCUAGACAGGAAAUUAUCGUCAAUCACCGUAGAUAAUUGCUCAACCAAUGAUGCAAUGAUGGCCUUACUUCUGGAGAAGCUUCCAACAUCCACAUAUUCCUUUUUUCUUGGUGGUUCUAUGAUCCACAUGCGUUGUUGUGCACACAUCCUCAAUCUGAUUGUGAAGGAAGGGCUUAAAGUCAUUGGAGAUUCAAUUGAGAGCAUACGUAGUAGCUGUCAGUUCUGGUUGGCAACACCAAAAAGGGUCAAAAAGUUUGCAGAGACAGUGGCCCAACUUAACAUUGUGAAUGGUAAGAAACUGAUUCUCGAUUGUGAUACUCGCUGGAAUUCAACUUACUUGAUGCUUGAUACUGCAAUGUGAUACAAAGAUGUCUUUUAUCGUUUGAAACGCCGAGAGCUAAAGUAUAAAAAUGUGCCUACUGAACAAGACUUGGAAAUGACAAGGAAAAUUUGCAGUAGGUUGAAAAUCUUUUAUAGAGCUACUAUUCUGUUCUCAGGCAUUCAAUAUCCUACUGCAAACCUGUUUUUCCCUGUCAUUUGCGAGAACACUAUUUUAGCCUAGUAAAAAAAUGGAUACUUUGGAGGAUGACUGGAUGAUCAAUCUGACAUCAUGUUUUAAUACAUUGUCCCUUUGCCAGGCUUGAAUUCAAGGACUAGGAGGAGUGUUGCUGAUUGUUGAAUAUUGAGUUGCUGCAAGUGCAAGGAUAACAAAAAAUUGAAGUUGGCUGCUGUUUUUGGAAGAUUUGAGACUUGUUGCAGAAUUGCUAUCAAUUCAUGUUGUGUCUUUUUUGUUUUGUUUGAAUCUUGAGACUCCUAAGACUUAUGUGGAUUUGGAAUUUUGGAUUGAGAUGUUGAGUACCUAAGUUGUUAGAACUGGCUUUGGAGUUUGAUUUUGGUUGAAAUGGAAUCUGAGUUCUUGUUAUGUUUGAAUUUUUCUUUCAUUGUUUCAGUUUUAUAACAGGGAAUUUGAGUGUGCAGGGCGGGCUUGGGUAAGACCCGGCCCGUUAGGGCUGGACGAUGGGCCAUGACAUACUGGCCCGUUGUGGGUUUUGGGGCGGGGCGGGCUCAGUUUUAAGACAACGGGGUGGGUCUGGGUUGAGCACUACUCGGCCCAUUUUCGACCCAGUCCCAUCCCUACUUUUAUGGUGAUGUAUUUAAGAUGAUAAUUAUUUAUUUUUUUAUAGAAAAUAGAAAACUAUUUAUUUU